AUGCAGUUUCAAGAUCGAGAACAUAUUGAAACAUUUUUAAUCUCUCUCGUCCAACGAUUGGACGUUAAGGACGUUGCUCUUCGUCACCUUCGUGUUACCGAUCUCUAUACCGCCGUGGCGGUAUUAAGUCGUCAAUUGUCAGCCGAACGUUUCGCGAAGGCGUUGGGGCAUUUAACUCCCCAAUUGUACGUUUUAUUACAAAAAGGGUCCAAUGAAAGUGCCCAAUUAGGAGCUCUCUUGGCAAUUGAGCACCUUAUUGACGUUUCCAAUGAAGACCAAUUUAUCCGGUUUGUCAAUUAUUUGAGGUAUUUUUUACAAGAACCACAAACCAGUCGCAACGCUUUAGUAGCAGCUACUUCAGCAAUGGGACAAUUGGCUUCGUCCAGUGUCAGUGGUACUUUAGUUGCAAGUUUUGUGGAUUUUGAAGCCAAAAGAGCUUUUGAAUGGCUACAAGAAGGCCCAAUGGGCAUUCGUAAUGAAGUUUUAUUGAGUCAACGACGGUUGGCUGCUUGUUUUGUAUUGAGAGAAUUAGCUCAAGCAGCACCGACGUUAUUUCAUGUGAAUUUGACGACUUUUUUUCAAAAUAUUUGGGGCGCCAUACGAGAUUCGAAAGUGGAAAUUCGGGAAGCUGCUACAAGUGCUUUAGCUGCUUGUUUACAAUUAAUUACAAAGAGACAAACAAGACAUCGGGUCCAAUGGUAUUGUAAAGUCUAUGAUCAAGUUUUUGAAGGAUUGGCAUUACGUUCAAAUUCCAAUUCCAAUUUAAUUUCUGGAUCAUUAGGAGUGACUACAGGACACUUGACAUUGGCGACAUGGGAGUGUGCACAUGGAUCAUUAUUGGUAAUUGGAGAACUUCUUGCCAAUACUGGAAGAUUCAUGGUCCCGAGAUUUCGAGAAGUUUGUGAUACGGUCCUGCGAUAUAAAGAUGCAAAAGAGAGACUUGUGAAUCGUGCAGUCUCGAGACUUUUGCCACAAUUGGCAGAGUUUUGUCCAGGAGCUUUUGUUCAGUAUUACUUGGAUGUCGGUGUAGCUCAUUUGACCAAACGGAUUCUUGAGUACUCAGCACCAGCAUCGGAACGUGGUGUAGCGAUCUUGGCUAUGGGAAGAUUGUCAUUGGCUGUGGGCAAUGCGUUACUACCCCAUCUUCCUCCUAUUUUGAAAUUAGUGAAAGAGUCGUUGGCGCCACAUAUUGGAAGCAAGCGCAAACGAACACGAAAUAAGUUGUUUUGUGUUCAAACGCUCACAUGUGUUGCCAAUAUGUCGCGAGCGUUAGGACCACGAUUUGAGCCAUUUUUGUUUCAAGACGGUGUGCUGGAGACCAUGAUGAUUGGCGGUCUAAGUGACGAGCUGAUUAUUGCUCUGGCUGAGGUAGUUGCCAGUGUACCAAGUGCGCUUCCGUAUGUGCAGGAGCGAUUGCUCAACGAGAUUUCUGGCAUUUUGCGUGGCACACCAUUCUCGCUAGGAAAUGCUGGUGCAGCUUAUUUACCUGGGAAUAGUGGUGGUGGUGUGAGUUGUACAAGUGGAGAUAGCGGUGAGUUGACGCUCGAUGCAUCAUAUUAUGACACUUCCAGCGAAUCCCCACCUGUUAAGCAGACGGCUGUACAGGCGCUGUUCUCCUCGAUGAAGCGGGGCUUUUCAAGUGCCGAAGACGAUCCAACGGCUGGGCAUGGCUCGCUGAUGAUCAAGGGUGAGACAAACGACGAGAUUGACACUAUCUUGUUGUCUCUGCAUACACUAAGCUGCUUUGACUUCAGUGGUAGUUUCUGUCUUUUGCCUUUUGUACGCGAUUGCGUGGCACUGUAUCUAAAGAACCCGGAUGCACGGAUUCGAAAGCAAGCAGUAAUUACCUGCAGCAAGCUACUACUUCCGUCACCUCAAUCUCCCGCCACGGCAUUAGUGUCCUCGUGGAGACACGUAAAGAAGCGUGGACCAAGUGGACGUGUAAUUGAUUUUGUUCUUACCCAACUUCUUCAAGUUGGUAUCUCGGAUAUGGAUGGAGCCGUACGACGAAGCGUAGUAGAAUAUUUGGACUCGCGGUUUGAUGAGUUCCUGAGUCAAGAAACACACUUGAGAUUGGUGUUUUUGCUGCUGAAUGAUGAAAAUGCCACUAUUCGAGAGCAUGCAAUGAAGUUGCUAGAACGCUUAGCACCACGCAAUCCAGCUUUCGUGAUGCCAUCACUGCGCCGUGUGAUAAUCCAACUGGUCACGGAAUUGCAGUAUACCUCUGAUCUACGAAUGCGUGAGGAUAGCACCCGACUACUGGGACACCUUAUCCGUGGCGCUCAGCAUUUGGUAGACCCGUAUGUGAUGCGAAUUCUGGAGGUGCUUCUACCUGUACUCGUCCGUGGGAAUGCCCCAUCGACAAUAGCGGUUUUGAGAACCCUGGGAGAGCUGGCGUUAGUAUCACGUACCCAGAUAGCUGCCUACGAGCGUUACCUCUUUCCGCUUAUCAUUCACACACUUCAAGACCACUCUUCAAUAGAAAAGCGGCAAGUGGCCUUGCAGACGUUAGGUCAACUCGCGGGUAGUACGGGAUGUGUUGUCCGCCCGUACUUGGCGUCACCCAAGCUGCUAGAGAUCUUUCUCAGUCUCUUGCACCAUAAUGUGGGCAGCCCGUGGUCACUGAGACGGGAAGCAAUGAGAACCAUUGGCAUUCUUGGUGUUUUGGACCCUUACAAGUACAAGCUGUGCAUGUCGCGGGCAUCAUUACGGCAAGCGAACGAAGUUGCAUCUACAGCUGAUACUUCAACGGCUACGGAGGUAGAGGAGAAGGCUGCUGACAGAUCCACGCUUGGUGUAUCAAAAUCGGCUCCUGGUACGCUGGUAUCACAGUACCCGACGCUGGAUAUUGACCUACAGGCGUUGGGCGUGACAAUCAACCUUGCAAGCUUUGACCGGAAAGCAACAAGCGACGCACUGGACGAGAAGCAACAAAUUGAGCUGCAGUUAUUUACUGCUGCACCUAUUGGUACUAGAAAAAUUGAAGCUGGUGCUGGUGCUGGAACAUUGGGCGUCGGUUUGCAAUCCUCUCAUCCGGCAAGCGGCAUGUCUGCGGCAUUUGCGGUAGUACCAUCAUCGCUAACGUCAUCUUCCCGCAAGAAGCGACAAGGAGGCUUUACUGGUAUGAGUCUAAAUGACGAUACGUUUGACUUUGAGAGCUCACUAAUGGACAGCGAACUGGAGCUUGAUCCCACGGAGUUGUCUCCAGCGUCGGAGGCGUACUUUCCAACAGUGGCCAUUCAUGCGCUGUUGCGUAUCCUUCGCGAGCCGUCGCUCAACGCUCAUCACCAUGGGGUCAUCCAAGCUAUUAUGUUCAUCUUCAAGAGCCUUAGCACGCAAUGCGUGCCAUUCCUUAAGUUCAUUUUGCCUCCUUUCCUGCGAGUACUGGCACGCGGUGAGCCACGAUUACGCGAGUCGCUCUUUCUACAGCUAACUACGCUUAUAUCUAUCGUCAACGCCCACAUGAAGCCAUUUUUCCCACCAAUAAUGGUGCUUGCACUGCGGUUUUGGGAAUCACAUUUGCCACAGAUUGUGCGUCUUGUGGAGAAAAUCUCGCAGGCCGCACCACACGCGUUUCGCACGCAGUACAUUCCAAAGUUAUUGCCUAAGCUGCUUGAAGUCCUUCAACCACAUUUUGGCUUGGGUAGUAGCGCUACUGACGGAGAUAUUUCUGGAGCUAAUGCAGGAGGAAGUGCUGCGACCGCUAUCGCGCAAAGCUCUGGAGACGGAGCUGGUGCGGUUGGAGUAGGAGGUAGCGAUAUUCAUGGACAGGGGAAUAGCAACGCUUCUGGAGGAAAGAGUGAUCACGUGUCUAGUACCUAUGAUGCCGCGCAAAAUGGCGGUACGGAUGCGAGCACUGUGGCAGCGAUCCAGGUGCAAGUGGUUCAGUCGCUGAUUGUGUUUGGCGACGCUGUGGAUGAUUAUGUAUACUUGCUCGUGCCUGCACUUGUGCAUCUCAUGGAAAGCUUGGAUACCCCACUUGAAGUGAAGAUUACUACAGUCUAUGCUUUAGCGCGAAUAAGCGUGGUUGCCAACUUUGACCAGUAUGCCGGGCCACGAUUGCUCCAGCCUCUUGCACGGGUAGCUUCGCAGAUAUCAGCGAAGGGGCCAUUUUUUUUCAGCCGCGGAAGUGGUAAUGCGAGUAUCAGCGUGAGUGGUAGCACAAGUGUGCCGCCAUCGUCGGGAGGGGGUUCAGGUGAAUCGGUAGCAGCAAGAAUUGCAACCACGAAAACAGAAGCUACACGUUUUUCAGAAGUGAUGCUGUACGCGCUAAGUGCUCUGGUGUUUCAGCUACAAGCGGAGAUUUUGAGCUUUGAACCGUUGCUGCAGCAGAUUAUUGCGUCCUUGCCGUUCACUCACCGCGGCAACCUUAGUACAGCUGCAAAUGCCCAUGAAAGCAACAAUCCUUCUUCAUCUCCUCAAGCCAUGGUGCAGCGGAUUGCUCAGGUGCUUGAAAAUUUACGUCACGGUGCACGUGUUCCACGUUCAUUCCUGGACGACCCUGUCUUUAUGACGUCAGCUCUGCGCAAAUUUUCUACCGAAUUGCAAGCUCAGACUGCAGCUUCAAUGACUCCACCGGCAUCUUUGCCGUCUAAUGGACGACUGCAUGUCAACCAGCAGAAUUUGCGACGGGCUUGGGAGGCGUCCCAGCGCAGCACGAAGGAGGACUGGCUUGAGUGGAUGCGGCGAUUUUCCAUUGAACUGCUCCGUGAGUCUCCCAGUGCUGCUCUUCGUUCAUGUUGUGCACUAGCUCAGGCGUAUAACCCCUUGGCGCGUGCAUUAUUUAACCCGGCAUUUGUUUCUUGCUGGAAUGAGCUAUAUGAACAGUACCAAGAUUAUCUUGUUCGUGCUCUCGAGACUGCCUUCCAGAGUGACACAAUUCCGGCCGAGAUUUUGCAGACAUUGCUGAAUCUCGCUGAAUUUAUGGAGCACGAUGUGGAAGCAUUGCCCAUCGAUAUCCGCGAGCUGGGCGAGCUAGCACAAAAAUGUCACGCUUAUGCCAAGGCAUUGCAUUACAAGGAACUCGAGUUCCACACAUCGCCGAGUACGUGUAUUGAGGCGCUUAUCUCCAUCAACAACCAGCUAGGUCAACCCGAGGCUGCUGUCGGAAUUCUAAAGUAUGCUCAAGCGCAUCAUAGCCGCGUUAUUCAGGUAAAGGAGACGUGGUUCGAAAAGCUGCAAGACUGGCGUGCAGCCCUUGCCUUGUAUGACCGGCGACUCCAGUGCGCGCAGGGUGGCGAGGGUAAACAAGGACUGGAUGUUGAAGUCUGUAUCGGCAAGAUGCGGUGCUUGGAAGCUCUCGGGAAAUGGGAGGAGCUGAGUGCGCUAGCUGCGCAAGUGUGGAAUUUUUUGCGCUCACCCGAACAAAACCCACCUAAAAGUAGCGGGCCGCCUUCCCGUGGUCGCUUAAUGUCUGCUGGCCGAGCUCCUUCGAGUGUUACGUCUGGAAAAGACAAACCUUCUCUCCUACGCAAAGGAAGUAACAGCAGUCAUGGCUCGUCUUCGUCUUUGGCUGCUGCGGGGAAUCCUCCAUCGUCGUUUUCAUAUCAAGUGGGGGAUGAUCGCGGAGACGAGGCCACUGCACUUAGACGUGUGGCGAUGCUUGGUGCUCGGGCAAGCUGGUGUUUAUCGCAAUGGGACAACAUGACAGAGUAUGUGACAGAGUGCGCAGCACAGAACGACUCAAGCAAAACCAACAACGCGUUAAUUUCCAGGGCUGCAAGUGGCAAUGGUCAUGGCUACGGAUAUGGACACACUCAUGGUCAUGGAAUUUUUGGCGCUGAUGAGGAUGUUACCGAAUUGUCGUUGUACCAGUCAAUUUUGGCGGUGCACCAUGGCACAUUCGUGCAAGCAGAAACACUGAUUGAUGCGACACGUAAAACUCUCGACACAAAACUUGGUGCACUUGUCGUCGAGUCAUACAGCCGUGCGUAUCGCAGUAUGGUGACCCUGCAGCAGCUUAGUGAGUUGGAGGAGAUUGUGACGUACAAGAAACUUCGAGCUCAGAUUUCUAAGAGCGAAGAAGCUGCACGCUACAAAAGACACUUGAUGCGUAUGUGGCAUGAUCGUCUUUCAGGCUGCAAGCGUGUGGUGGAAGUGUGGCAGCAAUUGAUUGCCGUCCGUGCUUUGAUCUUGUCACCGCAUGAAGACAUCGAUACGUAUCUGCAAUUCGCUAGUCUGUGUCGUCAGUCUGGAAAUCUUUCAUUAUCUUUGAAGGUCUUUACGAAUGCACUGCAUAUUCACGGGGGUGCUGGAUCUAGUAGUUCUGGAAUUUCAGAGAUGUUAAGGGUGACACCAUCGAGCUCAGGGUCAGCUGCAUCUUUCGGCUUUGGCGAAAAAGACCGCAACCGGGUUGCAUUUGCAUACCUGAAGCACCUAUGGGCUGCUGGACAGAAGCACGAAGCGCUCUCUGAUUUGCACCAAUUGAUCGUUCGUAUUUCGUCCAUGGCGCGGCAACAGUCCCAAGUGUCAGCCGGAACGGGUGGCAUGCCUUCUCCUGCACCAACUAUGAUGCCUAUGAGACGCGAAGAAGAAGAGCUCCUUGUCAAGUGCCACUUGAAGAAGGCCGAGUGGCAGCUUGCUAUGCACGACCAGCAGAUCGAACAUGUACCUGUGGAGAGUGUUUUGUCUUCACUGCGUUUGUGCACGGAGCUAGAGCCCCGCAGUUACAAAGCGUGGCACGCGUGGGCAUUAAUGAACUUCCAAGUGGUUGAGCACUCAACGCACAGCCAGCAUAUUUCAGCUAAUACGACAGCGUCGGCCGUCGCGGCAUCUGCAUCAGUGGCUCCGUACAUUGCUCCCGCAAUUGAGGGUUUUUUUCGAUCGGUCGCAUUGGGUCGCAGCCGCUGGGCUGCCAAUGUGCAGCAAGACAUUCUGCGUGUGCUCACGCUUUGGUUUGCGCAUGGUCACCGCACUGAUGUACAUGCUGCCUUGGAAAAGGGUUUCCGCUCCGUAAGCAUCGAAACGUGGCUGAUUGUGAUUCCCCAGCUAAUUGCGCGUAUUCACACUCCAUACCCACGUAUCCAGAAACAAUUGCAUCGUUUACUUGUAGCUGUGGGUAAGCAGCACCCGCAUGCUCUUAUCUACCCCUUGUCCGUGGCGCUGAAGUCGUCCGUGUGUGAGCGCCAGCAAGCCGCCGAAGCUAUCAUGAGCACCAUGCGUACUAAUUACGUGAAGCUCGUGGACGAAGCGUUGCUUGUGAGUCGUGAACUUAUCCGCGUUGCUAUUUUGUGGCACGAGAUGUGGCAUGAAGGUCUGGAGGAAGCUUCGCGCUUAUACUUUGGUGAGCACAAUGUGGACGGCAUGGCUGAAGUGCUAAGGCCACUGCACGCGAUGAUGGAGCGUGGCCCAGAAACCUUACGUGAGGUAAGCUUCCAUGGGGCGUUUGGCCGAGAUUUACGAGAAGCCAAUGAGUGGCUGCAACGAUUCCUGAGCAACCGACGCAACGAGUCGGACCUGAACCGCGCAUGGGAUCUAUACUACCACGUCUUCCGUCGCAUUAACAAACAGCUACCGCAGAUCACAACUUUGGAACUGCAGGUGGUUUCUCCGAAUCUGUUGUCCGCGAGAAAUCUGCAGCUUGCAGUACCAGGCACAUACCGUGCUGGCCAUGCGAUUGUGAAGAUCGGUAGUUUCUUGCCUACGGUGGCAGUAAUCACAAGCAAGCAGCGACCUCGCCGGAUUACAAUUGUUGGUUCCAACGGUCUGGAGUACAUGUUUUUGCUCAAAGGCCACGAAGAUUUGCGCCAAGACGAACGCGUGACGCAGCUCUUUGGUUUGGUAAACGCGUUGCUGAUUAAUGAUCGAAACACGUCGAAGAAGGAUUUGAAGAUCCAUCGGUACCCCGUCAUUCCAUUAUCUGACAAUGCUGGAAUUGUGGGCUGGGUGCCACAUUGUGACACACUUCACCAAUUGAUCCGCGAUUAUCGCGAGGCGCGCAAGAUUUUGCUCAACAUUGAGCACCGACUGAUGUUGCAAAUGGCACCGGACUACGACGCUUUGACACUGCUCGAGAAGGUUGAAGUGUUUCAGUAUGCAUUGGAGAACACGGCCGGUCAGGAUCUGUACAAGGUACUGUGGCUGAAGUCAGAAAAUUCGGAGGUUUGGCUGGACCGGCGUACAAAUUAUACGCGUUCGCUUGCUGUCAUGUCAAUGGUGGGCUAUAUCCUUGGACUCGGCGAUCGCCACCCAAGCAAUUUGAUGUUGCAUCGUUUUACGGGAACCAUUGUCCAUAUCGAUUUUGGUGAUUGCUUUGAAGUCGCAAUGGACCGCGAGAAGUACCCUGAAAAAAUCCCGUUCCGCCUGACGCGAAUGUUGACGAACGCAAUGGAGGUGAGUGGCAUUGAAGGUAACUUUCGUUUUUCGUGCGAAAGCGUGAUGGCUGUACUACGCGAGAAUCGUCAUAGUCUCAUGGCCAUGCUGGAAGCUUUCGUACACGAUCCACUGAUCAACUGGCGUCUGCUUUCAGCGACAAAUGUGCCGCUUACAAGCCACGCGGGUAGCUCCGUCGCGUCUAGUGUUGUAUCUUCAUCAUUCGUGUCGAGCAUGAACAGCGAAAGUGACGAGAGUAUGUACGAAUCAUCAGAAGCUUCAUCCCACGGUCCGUCAGAAGUUUCAUCGCAUGGACCAUCAGAAAGGCUGUCUCAUGGUUCUGAUGAGGAAAAGGCACCACACCGCCGCAGCGAAAGCAUUUCGAUCCCAGACUCGGCACCUUCGUCGACAGCCAUGCUGCUUGAUGAUCGAGAUGAUCCUCGACACAUUGCUGGUCGGGCACAAGCUACUCAAGGCGUGUCUCUGCGUAAUUCGGCUGAAAAGCAAGCGGCGAACGGAUUGAGUGCAGCAGCAAACGAGGACACGACCACCAAACACGAAGAUGCAGAUAGUAGUGAUCUUGAUGAAACUAGCACCCCCGAUCCGCAGCGACAGUUUCCUCCUCACGCUAAGCCUCCUGCACCACGCCAGGUCAGCGCCAGUUUAGCUGUUACGCGCCAGCUUCCGCCACGUCCAGGAGUAAAGGAAGCGGAGCCAGCUCUGCCACCGCUGCCGUCGUCGUUGUCAUUGCGACCGAUGAGUCUUAGCAAGUCCAUCCCGCUUCCUAUGCGCAAGCUUCCGCCUCGUGUUCCUGUAGGAAACCGAGUUUGCGAGGUUGCUAUCGAUGAGAACGAGGAGUCUAAUGUUGUCGAGAAGGUCAACUAUGCGACGACAAACUUGCACGCAGAGAUUUCAUCCCUCGCGGCGAGCGUCUCCAGCGUUGGUCAUUCUAGUCUGAGCCGCAGUUUUUCCGUCACGCAAGCUCAAGUUCAGACGCAGAUACAACAACAACAGCGGCAACAACCUGAGAACGGCCAAGGAUCUCGAGCCGGCGGAGAACGCCAACCAGUAGUGCUGAGUACUCCUGUAGGUCCCCCACCUCGUAUGGUUCCGGCCGCAUCGACCUCGUUUGUAUCGGUGACGGCUGCUCAGAUCCCGCCUUCCUCGGAUGCAAUACCACGGUCCGUGACAAAUGACGUGCACGGUAACCGCAGUGUCCGCGAACGCGAGCUGCUGAAUGCUCUAGGACCCGAAGGUAUUGCAGCACCUCGCGUUGCAUUAAACGAAAAAGCUGUGGCUGUCAUUCGCCGCGUACAGGCAAAACUUUCGGGUCGCGACUUUGAAGGUGACGGUGGUGAGCCACUUGAUGUCAGUGCACAGGUACAACGUCUCAUUUCCCAGGCCACGUCUCACGAAAAUCUCUGCCAAUGCUACAUCGGUUGGUGUCCUUUUUGGUAG